AUUAAGAAAACCGGAAAGGGUAGGUACCAGUCGGCAACAGGAGACAUCACUGAUUGGAUGUCCGCGCUGUUCGUCUUUGGAACCGGAAGUUACUCUGCCUGUAGCGCAUUUCGUUUGAAAAACGGCGGAAUGUUUUGUCCUAGCUAUGGGAAAAAGCUGGUUGAGGAGUCACCAAACUUUUGCAGCGGCUGUGGCGAGAGGCUUUAUCACGCAUCUUGCAUCGGAGACACUUCACUCCCAUUGACAUCACAGACUACCUCAAACUGCCCAACUCCAACCUUCAGCACCUUCUUAGAAUACAGAAAAAAGAAAAAUGAAGAGAGGCAAAAGUUUUCUGAAGGGAGGAAGGGCUUAAAGAAAAAGGAAAAAAGAAAGGUUCAGAUAAAUGUCGGCUUGAUGACCAUUAAAAAGGGUGGUUUGAAGCCAUACCGUGGAAAAACUAUUUUCCUAACAACAGACCCUGACGCUACUGCCACAAGUCUGCUCAAUCAAGCUGUUAAAAAAAUGAAGGACUUUAACAAAGAUCUAAAAGAUGGACCUUUCCUUCUUCUGUAUCCGGAUGGCACUGAGGUCAUUACUGUCCCUGGAACACAAAGACCAUUUACACUUGAGGCUUAUAAGGCUGAAGUUGGCAAGCCUUAUCAAAGAAUCACUGUUUUCAUCUGCUUGAAGAGUGACUUUGAAGAUGUUGGAGAAAACUCAGACUUGUCUGACUCUGACCCAGAGAUUGUUAUUAAAAGGCCCUCUGAGUUUGAUCUUGCUGAUACACUGCCAUGGGAACUUCAACAUGAAAGCAGUCCUUUACAGAAAGCAGCAGAAUAUGAGAAGGGUGCUGGGGAUCUUGUGCUUGCUAAUGAAGUACAACAGGUAAAAAACUAUUUUAUUAGUAAAACAGUGCAGCAGACAAUCUCCACCGCCUUUACUUUGCAAUUAGAUAACGAUUCACUGUUUGCUGAGCCCCCAGAAGAACCUGUGUUAGUAAUUUUUUCCCUUUUUUUUAGAGACACCAAUUUGCAGGCACAUGGAAUUAUUGCAAAUUUGGCACUGGAACUUGACCACAAGAAGGUCAGCAGGUUCAAUAUAUCAAGGUCAGCUGUAUGGGAUGGAGCUGUUAGAGGAUUUCGACGCAGCACAUACUCUGACAACUACGACAUGUUCAUCAAGUUUAAUGAUGAUGCUGGCAGCUUUGAAGAAGGUUUGGAUACAGGUGGCCCGAGGCGUGAAUUCCUCACACUUCUUAUGGGCAGUCUGCGAAAUCGCCCCAUCUUUGAUGGACCUCCAGAGAGCCGUUAUCUUGUAUAUAAUUCAAGAGCUGCCAGGCAAGAUGAGUACUUUUUAGCAGGAAAGAUGAUCGCUGUAUCCAUUGUGCAUGGGGGACCAGCACCACAUUUCCUCUCCAAGAACCUGGUCAACCACAUCACAGGGAAUCAGAGUUUCAGCGCCACUGUAGAAGAUGUGCAAGAUGAGGAGAUCACAAAAAUUUUACAUCAGGUCCUGAAAGCUGAAUCAGAGGAGUCUUUGCAUAAUCUUAUUUUGCAAAACAGCACAAUCUUCCAAACUGCUGGAUGCCUCAGAAACGUCAAGCCUUUUGAGAAACAAGCAUUUGUGGAGGAGUACCUCAGAUGGUACAUCCUUGAAAGAAACCAAAGUGUCAUUCAACGAUUUAAAGAUGGACUGGAAAGUCUGAAUUUUUUAAGUGCACUGCAACAAAAUUCCAGUGUGCUGGCCCCACUCCUAUGCUUCUCUGCCAAGGCCCUGACUGCUUCAGAACUGGAGAGCAUGUUCAGACCAGAUCUCAGCCCAGCAGGAAGCAACAAGCGGCAUAAGGAGGUCCUAACACUUGGCUUUUGGGCAGAUUAUCUCCUUGAUUGUGAAGAGAAGGCAACAGCAGUGUGUCUGGAAGAUUUGAUGAUGUUUGCCACAGGGCUGACGGCAGUUCCACCGGCAGGAAUGACACCACCACCACCACGCAUCCAGUUUUUAAGUGUUUCGCCUUUUCCAGUUUCAAACACCUGUGCAAAUACUCUGAAGCUACCCAUCUGUGACUCAUACAGCAUCUUUAAGGCCAACAUGGACUUUGGAAUUCAAAAUGCUCCAGGAUUUGGAUGUUCUUAAAUCAGCAAGGUCAUCAAGUUA